CCACACAUAAUCGGAAGCGUUCUUCGAUAUAACUAUGACGCUUUAGUAUGUUAACCUGCGCAUGACUUCCCAUGUUAGGUUAAGAAAGCUAUGUUUAUGAGCGCUUCCUGGCCUAUGACUUGGUUUUCCUGAAGUACCAGUAGUGUUCGUAUUGGGAUUAUAAAGGAGCGCGGCGGAGACCACUAAUCACUUCGUAACCGUAACCAGUAGAGAGCAGAGUGCAGUGGACAAAGGAAGACAACACCUAGUUCUCCACAAGGCAUCACCAUUCUUCAGGAGUCCCGACACGCAACAUGCUGACCAAGACAGUAUUCUUGCUGCUGGUGGGUCUGGCUACCGUCGCCUUGUGCGCCACCACCCUAAGCCAACCGAGACGAAGUACACGACGCAGGCCGACCCAGACGUCAGAGGUUCCCUCAAACACCAUCAAGGCGGAAAUGGCCCACUGCCAGCCUGAGAAGAAAACAGUGAAGCUGGACCUGCCCCAGGAGGCCGGCACCAUGUUUUUCCCAACGUGUGUGAGAGUGGAGCAGUGUGGCGGGUGCUGUGGUCAUUCUAUGCUCACCUGCAGGCCCAUCCGCACAGAGACGGUUACGUAUGAGGUGACGAAAAUGAUCGGCGAGAACAUUAGCAGCCCUUACUAUGUGAAUGUCACCAAGCACGUGGAGUGUGAGGAGCAAUGUUCGGUAACGGAAAAGGAAUGCACCGCAAGUCAGAUUUACGAUAAGAAGAAUUGUGAAUGCAUUUGCGAGAACGAAGAACAGAAGCGAGCGUGUCACAAAAGCCAGGACAAGUUGUGGGACAAAAACUUCUGCACCUGCAAAUGCCGCAAAGACGACGACAAGUGCAGCACCGGGCAGUCAUUCUCCCAGGAAUCCUGCACGUGUGAGAAAGUGAAAUAGUGACGGAUCCUGGAGUUCCCGAGGGCCACUGCACUGCACCCGACGCUUCCACGGAUGCAUUGCAUGGACCCGCCGCUGACAAGACUGUCCUCUGUAUACACGACAUGGUAGCCUACGAACCUACUAUUUAUUUCUAUUUAUUUCUAUUUAUUUUGUACAGUAGCAUUAGGAAAGAGGAAAGAGGAGGGUGAUUCUGUAUUUUCUAAGUUAUAGAGCUAGUCAACACUGUGUAGUCCAAAGCUAAGUGUCUGACAAGUUGUAGGUCAUUAUGAGAACAAUGUUUAGUCGUGAAAUUCCAGCAGAAUUUUCCUUGAUUCUUGAUCCUUGAUCUCU